GCAAGCAAAUAAUUUACAAACCAUUGACUUUUUUGAACAUGGUGUACAUAUUUUCCAAGUAGUCACGAUCUAAAUACCAGACAUCCAUAUCGCGAUCAUCUUCAUCAAACGGGACUGAAAAGAACAACAACUGAUCAAACACUGAAUAUUACCAUUUGCAUUCAAAAUCAGAAUGGGUCAUUCCAGAAAAUAUCUAUACCACCCCCACAGAGGAAAUAGGACGUUAACCCCCCUACCCCCUUUGGAUGUCCUAAUACAUUUACUAUUAUCAGAAACAAUUUUUUCUCCCCUCCCCCUCCGGACAGCAGAAAUUUCCUUCGUGGGGGGAGUGCGGAUUUUUUCUGGAACGACCCAAUUUCCUUCAAAUUUCCACUAAAGAAUUUUCCUACAGUAUCUAAUUUAAAACAUGAAAAAACCAGUAUAUUGAUAUCAGUAUAAUUUUUCCGGUAUACCAAUACUGGAAAAUUGUCAUACCGAAUAUUCCUAGUGUUGAGUCAAGACAAAGAACAAGCCAAAAUUAUAAAUUCCUCUUAGUUAGUAUUUUUGUUUCAUUAUAUAUAAUAAUAAAUAUUUGUUAUUGGUUAAGCCCAAUGUCUCAAUCACGAAAACGAGACUCCCAGUGUGGAAAGUUUGUAUCGUGCAACCGAAAUAUCAGGCACGCAAUUCGGUUGCACAAUUUCCAAACUUUCCAGUCAGGCAAGGCUCUAUGGCCAAGAAGACCCACAACCUAAUUUCAGGAAGCAUGUAUUAGUGAUAACUGCACCCCUCUCUCAUCCGCAGAGGCUUUUAAUUAAAGAAUAUGAAAUUCAAAGGAAUUGAAAUUGCGCUAGAAGGUAUCUGGUAUGAAGAAGGGGAAGGGAUCGCCCGCACACUGAUUUUCAGCAGUUGUCUUCAUACCAGAUACCUUCUAGCGCAAUUUCAAUUCCUUCGAAUUUCAUAUUCUUUAAAAGCCUCUGUGGAGGCAGGUUUUUUUUCAGGAUUUUCACUUGGGUCCGUUUUUGCAGAGAAGAUUGAGUUUAACUGAACAGCUGGGGUGGUUGCACCCCCCGCUCCCUACCAGGGGGCUGACACUUGUGCUCAAUAAAUGUAGUUGAGAUGGAAUGUGUUAAAACAGGGGCACUGAGGGACACCAUAAACUGGUUAAAGAUGGCAAAUGCAUAGUUUUUCUUGUGUUGUGAGAUGAAUUCCAGCCAUUUUUUCUUAAUUGUCGGGUUUCCAACUGAAAACUAAUUUCCACACGUCACAAAUUUAACUCAAACAACUUCAUUUUUACUGCACUGAAACUUUGGUGAGAAGAUUGAGUUUCAAAACUCAAUUCAAGAUUGAGUUUUUGGGGCCGUUUAAUGGCCCUAAAAAAUCCCUGAAAAAAAGCCUGGGAGGAGAGUCACUAGCAUGUAUUUAGGGUUCAAUUCACAUUCCUAUAUAUAUUUGUAAGGGACCACGUCCAUAUUUAUGUUGCCACAAAUGAUGUCGAAUCGACAUUAUGAGUGAGAGGGUGGGUUUUUAUGUGAACUUAUCAAUGUUAUCUUGUGGCAAUUCGACAAUUAAUGUCCAAAGUAACUAUCACAGUACAGAUUUUGUAUCAUAAAUACGAAAGUCAAAAUACGACGGAAUAUUGAUUGACGUUAUCUGGAGUGGGUGGGUGAAGAAAUAACGUCAAUUCGACGUUAUUUGUGGAAUAACGUUGAUUCGACAUUAUUUGUGGCAACAUGAAUAUGGACGUGAUCUCUAAACAUGUUCUGGCACACAGUGUACGGCUGUACGCUUUUGACCAGGGGUUUAUUUUCCUUUUUUCACAGUAUGUACGUACAAGGAAAAUAAAUUUCUGUCAACAGCAUACGCCAUUACUUGUUGUAUCCCAUGUGCAAAUUUAAAAUCAUAACGCAUCCACCAUUACCAGCAAAACUAUUGGAGACAUCCAGUAUCCCUUUACGAUUUGCCCCAAGCAAGACACCCACCACUCUCCGUUGACUUCCUGCCGUACUCACACGAUUAAAAUGAUCUACGACGCUAAGCAGAACUAAAGGAUGAACAACCACUUUCGAUAUGCCUUCUGUUGGCGAUGGCAUGGCGAAAAACGUCGAAAAACUCUGUAUUUUUUACCCAAUUUCUUUUCAAGAUAAAAUUUUUUUGUCUAUUAAAUUUUUGAAACAUGUGAGUCGCUCUUGCGCAUGCCCGUAGUUGUCAAAGCUUCCACUUAUAAAGCUGUCAUUCGAAAUUUAGAAUGUUUGUCAUUUUGCCAAAAAAUAAUGAUUAAAUUUGCUAUAAAUUUGCCUAAAUAAUGGCCAAAUUGGACCGUUUUGCAGCAACUGAACAGCACUUGUUCUGGUUUUAGUUUCUAGGGGAAAAACACAUCACAUCAUGCUAGAUUAUGAAAUUAGCUAGUUAUAUAAUUAUUACCUAGGGACCUUAAACAAAAGCCUUUUGGUUUCUAGAAGGUUCCUAGCCCUAAUUUUGUAAAUAUUUAAUUCUACUUCUUAUUGUUAUGUAAUUGGGCGAAAAUUUAAAAAAAAAGAAAAAAAAAAAAAGAAUAGCAUUUUACACAUUUCUAAAUUCUAAUAUAAAUAAUUUUCAGAUUUCCUACUAGCAACUGCAAAAGAUAAAUUCCGUAGCAAAAAAUAAAUUCCGUAGCAAGCACACUACAAUGAGAUUGAACAAUUAUGUAAAUAUCUUCAGAAUGACUCGACCAGAUAUAUAGUUUCUGCAAUUCAAAAUUAAAGAUAGAUUUGAAGGAUGAACGAGUAAAUUAUUUAAUAAUGGAAACACCAUUUAAAAAGGAAAUUAUUAUUCCCACUGAUCUAUAUACAGUUAAAGCUCGAAGCUUCCCAAAUGUAAACAUCUUUGAUCAUUCUGUUUUUGCUGUAAAUUUCUAAUCUGCUCGAUUUGAAAACAAUUGUAUGUGAAGAAUAGCAAACUGGUUUCAUCUCCAUUGCACAGCCAUGGGUAAUAAGGUCGAUACAAUGGCGGCACAUAUUGAAACAGCCAAGAAAACACGGGUCUUGAAUUGCUCUGGUCGAAAAUUGAAAGAGGUGUGGAUCAACGAUUCACUUGCAGUCGUUUUUGUAAUAUACUGUUUGUGCAAGAGUGUCUCGAUUAAUAAUAUUCUUGAAAUAUUAUCAAGUCGACAAGUUCAGAAGUAUAUUGUGUAGGAUGUAUAAAUUAAAUGUGUAUUUUCAGUAUAUAGGUAUAUAAAUGUAUUUAGAAUGUUUUGUUAUGACGUCAUAGCCGUUGUCCGAUAAUUACGUCACAAAUCCUUCCUUGACCCGGAAAGCCUCGUUCUCAUGAGUUAUGAGAAAAUAGCAUUUCAUCUCGUUGGUUCAUAUGAACAAGGCUCCCAGGCAAAGGAGCGACCGAAAUACAGGGUACGAUAAUUUGCAUACUUUCCACUUCUAAUAUGACAGUCUGGUACUAACAUGUGCACAAGUUGGCUUGUAGCAAUGCCAUUCCAACAACUUGUCAACAGGAUGUGUUCAUACUGCUUGUUCCCAGUUUAUUGACAACUUGCUACAAGGUUGUUGAGCUCAACAGACUUGUUCCAACAAUUUGUUAUCAUCCUGUAAUUCAACAAUUUGUCAACAAGUUGUGAGUGACAACCUUGCAGCAACUUGAUAAAAUAACAGCAUUGUUACAACUUGUUGACAAGCUUGCGACAAGUCUGUUGCAAACACAUCUUGUUGACAAGUUGUGAGGUUUUAUGUGUAUAAAAUACAUUUUGACAGUUCUCAUCAAACUAACUCAAUUAAAUACCUUAGAUACCAUCAGCUGUGAUGAGCCUCGCUCCCACUGUGAGAACAAUGGAUCUAUCAAAAAAUCAAUUAACUGCAAUUCCUGUGGCACUGGGAAAUUUUACUGAAUUGAAACAGCUAAAUGCUGAACAUAAUGAAAUUGGUAGGUUAUGUGUUCAACAAGCCAUCAUCCAUUCUUUUCAAUCAUUAAAAUGGAAUGAAUCACAAUUAGUGAAGAUUCAAGGGGGAUACCAGCAAUAACCCCCCCCCCCCCAGUUGUACCAUUUGUGAUGAAAGUACCCCUCUCCAAAAUCUAUUUUUCGGAUCAAUCCAUUAUUAGAUCCGUAAUGAGCUCCUUUUUUCAUUUCUUGUCUUGUAGGUAACCUACCAAACGAACUAACAGGAAUGAAAAAACUAGAAAAUUUACAACUGGGCUACAAUCGUAUCCAAGAAAUCCCAUCAUCAUAUUCAAAAUUCAAGAACUUAAAAUCUAUUUAUAUACAAAAUAACAAACUGACGAUUUUUCCAAUAUGUCUCUGUGAGCUUAGACAUCUUGAUGUUAUUGACCUUUCUGAGAAUAAAAUUCAAGAACUGCCCGAAAAUAGUGAAAAGCUACAAUGUAUUGAACUUAAUAUGAACAUGAACCAGUUAAAAGGUAUUCCUGCGUCUCUAAGUUUGUGCCCAAGGCUUAAAGUUUUACGUGCGGAAGAGAAUUUGCUGGAACUGGCAUCUAUAACAAGUGAAUUUUUAAAGAAUUCUCAAGUUUGUGUGUUGGCAGUUGAUGGAAAUUUGUUUCAAAUGAAAGAUCUCUCUGAUAAAGAUGGCUAUGACAAGGUGUGUUCAGAAAAACAAAAGCAAACCAAUUUACAAUUCAUCUAAUGAGAUCGUGCCCCCAUCAAUAAAGCCUUUUGACGCCGACAACAAAUUAAAUUUUUAACUAAAUGAUUUUAUUUUUUAUUCAAUUUUCUAGUACAUGGAAAGAUACACCGCAAGCAAAAAGAAAUUCUUUUAGGAUCUCAAUAAUAAUUUACGAUAACGCCCAUUCAUGGCUAGUUCCAAGACCCUAAGGCCAAAUAAAAAAAAAAUACUUGGUUUUUCCACCAUAUCGGUGAUAUUUUUUGUACUGAUGUUGCGAAGGCCGCCAUUUUGCUUUAAGAACCUUGUAUACCCAAGCCUACUUUCAAAUUUCAAAUAUUAAACUGUUUUAAGCUGUAAAACGAAGAGAUUUACAUAAAAAAAAAUUUAAAAAAAUUCAGAGGCGGCAGAAAAUCGAGAGGCGGGC